AUGUAUGCCGUCAUGAGGACAAUCAAUGAUAAUGAUGAGAACGGUUGUAGUGGUGGUCGCGAUAAAGAUGAUGAUGAUGAUGAUGAUGAUGAUGAUGAUGAUGAUGAUGAUGAAGAUAGUGGUGAAUCGACACACUCACUCAAACUGAACAAAGGCAAACCAUAAAGUUUUAUUUUGUUCAUUCGUCAUCGAAAGAAAUCGAAGAAGGUUUUUUUCGUGAGUGUCAUUUCCGAACAGUUGGAUGACUCAGUUAGGCUGUUGUCGCAAUUUUUCACAUUCUCUCACAUAAAGAAGAUUAAAAUCGUUUGAGUCGUCACUGUCUUUGUGAACCCCGCAAGAGUUUGUCUCUUUAAUUUAGACGAUGUACAUUUGGCUGUAAAUUCGAAACCUGAAUAUAGUUUAAUCUUUUGCGGAAAUACCUGUAAGAUAACCCAUUCGCCCCCAGAAUUUUUGCCGAAAAAAUUCUUCUUUCUGAAAGCAGGUGGAGGAGGCUGCAAAUGAAAACUGAUCAAAAUAUAAUUUGAAAUGAAGGAAACAAACUUAGACAACAGCUCUUGCGUACUAUGCUGUGCUUUGUUCUUUUUUUUCUCUCCUACUCAUUUCACUGAAGUUUACACUUAUUUCCAGAUGUUUACGCCGUUAUUUAGAUUCCAGCAUUUUGUGCUUAAGACGCCGUUAGGGAAACCCAUUAGGGGAAAUUAUAGCCUUCUUUGGAAGUGUCGGUGGCCUUUUAACGCGCCACAUCAAAGGACGCCGUCACGCGUUUGACUGCUUUGACUAUGCCUACAUGCCAAGAUAAAGAUAAUAACAAACAAUAGUAUACGAAGCUGAGCACUUAACCCUUCCCUUUGUGGCUCACGUAUGUUUCUUGGUAAGCCUGAGGGUAUGACGUUAAAGAGGCUGUUUACAUUGCAUGGAAAAAUGCAGUUGGCAAAGCUUCCGGGCGAGCGGGGGCUACUCAACAAAGUUUUAUACGGGGUGGCUCUACUCUGAUGUCCAACGCCUUAUCUUUUUACGUACUAUUUUUGAGAGAAAAGGUAUCCUUCUCGUAUACCUUCUAUUGACAAAUGUUACCCCUUUCACAUACUUGGUGCUGCAUCCCUUUUAACUGCUGUAAAUACACUGUCUUUUUCAUACGAGCAAAUCACUUAACCACGAAGUUUUUUUGACCUUUUCACAGCAAUAAAAUGAGUCUGUAAUCCCUACCCUGUUAUAUACCUCACGCCUGGCGCUUGAAAAAGGUAAUCCUCUCGGCGGAGCCAUCAUAGUGAGUACCCCCUCGGCUAAAGCCUUGAUUUGCGGCAAUUUUAGUGAUAAGACUUCGAUUAAGCUGCUUUUAAAACAGGGUACAAAGGGUAUCUGAAGCUACGUGCUUUAUGAUCACCUAAUCAGGAGUUCAAUGUGACCAUCUGUUGGGCGAUUCUCUUACUCAUUAAUUAAGUAUUAUCAUUGUCUGACAGAGUGCCAAGAGUAUCCUCUGCUACGUGCUUUAUGAUAACCUAAUCACUUGUUUACGGAGGCCACGCCUAUCAAACAUUACUGGGAUUAUACAUGUUCCAAGAUCAUCUUGGAAGCGAGCCACACUAAGCUAGCUACUAAGCUAACUCGUUCAACUUUUACCAAAGUACCCAAACAGGAGAAUGAUUCGUUUGCCCUCUCUGGUUACUUUAGCCAUUUUGCUUGCUUAUUCCUUUGGAACGGCACAAAAACAAUCAGCUCAACAGGUAUUGCUUUGAACAUAAUAACAGUUACAAUUUGAGAACGUUUUGUUUUCCAUUGCAAAUUCUAGCUUCAGCUCCAACUUUGCCGAUGUACACGACAUCGGUAAAGGUUAAGGUGAAAUCAAACCUUCUGUCUUCCAAAUGAUGCCAUGAAUUUACGUGUAGUGCCAAUUGUUUGAUAUAAUCUCGCGAGAUUCUUCAUUUGUUGAUAUUUUUCAAGUCCAUUCCUGAUUGUAAUUAUAACACAGAACUGAGACCUUUGUCAUUCCUACGCACUUUCUUUAUUUCGUCUUUUUCUUUGGCAGCCGACCGAUGGGUCACCAGCAAAGGAAAGCAGCUGCCAAACUCUACAACAACAUACUUGCUGUAAAGAUGGUAAGAGACCAAUUUAACUGAUUUUCCUUUAACACCUUACUCGAAGACUCCAUUCUGAAGCUUCAAAAUUUUAAUCAGUACAACGAUGAAGAAAAAUCACAAAUUUUACAUUUCUUGUUUUGUUUCUUGACCGCCUAUCAGGAAAAGACGGCAAAGAUGGCAGAAACGGUGAGUUGAAAUAAGGACAGAUCACACGUUCUUAAGUUAUAACGAUCUAAUUCAUGGAAAUUUACAGAGGGGUUUGGUCCAAGUAUGCUGUUUAUUUGUCUGCAUGCGUUUGUAGAUCAUGAGAGUACCAGUGUCACAGCCAGUUGUUCUUUAUAUGGGUUUCGAAAAUAAAAGAGUCUCGCACAGAUCCUUGGGAAGUGAAACGAGCGCUUCACCUUGAAACACGAAUAGAUUUAUUAUAAGGGUUCUUACCCAGUCCCCACCAAAUAAAGUACGGUAAUGUACGACUUCUAAAAUCCAAUUUCCGUUUUCCUUAACUUCUUUGCCUUUACUCAAUUCAUCUUUUUUUUUCUGUACAUACAGGAAAAGAUGGGCGCGAUGGGUUACAUGGUAGAGUAUAUUAUUAAGUGAUAGUAUUGUCCUAAUGCUUUAAGAAAUCACGAUUAGGUCUCAUAGUUUGUCCCUGCUCAGCAAACAUGUGAUAAAUAAUAAUAUAGUAUGUAGAAUGAUAUGUGUGGAGAGAAAAACACAGAAAAAUUUUGAGUUCCAGAGGAGAAUUAAACCCAUAAAAUUCCACACUAGUUGGAGGCUCCAACUACUGCGUUACUGAGGAGAUCAUUUGUGGGCUGACAUAGCGACCGCGUCGCGCAAUCAUAUCAUUUCAAAUUAUAACAGUUAUUUGAUAGAACAGUAUAAAAUGAAUUUCAAAUAUUAAAUUAUAUUUAGUAAUACGUAAAAAAGUGAAUUAUUUGAACUCAGUAGUCAUUUCAUAAGUAGGUGGAAUAUGAUCGUUCGGGUGUGAGCACAAGUGUACUCCUGAAUAGGACUUUAAUUGACAGUUACUGACGUUCCGGCAACCUGCGCGGUUCUUGUGUAAGAGUCAAGUACUCUUUCUCUUUUGUCUGGUAUCAUGCAAACUUUUAAACAGCUCACUCACAAGGACAACAACAAGACUGGUAGUAUCCAAGUGAAAAAACGCAAGGGUGGGCCUUACCCUAGAUCCAGAGGUCCGUUCUCGAAAUACCUAGGAUCAUGCACCUGAUAGGAUGAAAUAACCCGUGCGCAUGGGACUUUCAAGAAUUAGGAAAGACAAAAAAAAUCGGCUGGCACCCAGGGUAAGUGGGCAUGCGCUUAGGGUCGCGCUGGAUCUUGAUCCAUUAUAUUCUUACGUUUUUUUGUUUCGCUUUGUUUUAAGACUAAAAACCGAAAAAAAAAUACUGAAACGAACAGAUACGGAAAUUAUGAAAAACAAGACGACAUUAGUCUUUGAUCUCUAAUGUUACGCAGGUAACAGCGCGGUAAUGAUCCUCAGAGUUACGGUUACUCAGAAACAUGGAAUAUUUUGAGGUCAAAAAGAAGUUGAAUUUUAAUUUGUCAAGAGGAAGGGUUUGUCCGCCUGGAUUUCAACCUUUCUCAAUCUUCUUUCUUCAUCUUUGUUACUAUAUUUAGAUUUCACGCUGGCAACAGCCCUAUCAGGACUCUUGACUCCUAUUUUUAAGUUUACUGUGCUUAUUUAGCAUUAUUUUUUUUAACACAGGGAAAGAUGGUCGUGACGAACGUGAUGGGACAAAUGGAGCGAAGGUUAUUAAGCCAUUGUUAUCAAUGUGGCCCGAAUGUGCAUCAUAGAAGCGCACUAAUUUGCCUCAGUGAGUAACAUACCACGUUCUCGUUUUAUUUUUCCAGGGUGAAAAAGGUGAAUCAGGCAUUCAAGGAAGAGAUGAAAAGGUUUGCAAAUUACCCCUUGCUAUAAUUACUGAGAAAAAUAUCAUAAAAAUAUCUUUGACUCUGAAGAUGACUACCGCACAGGUUGUCGAAACGUCAGUCACUGUCAACAACAACAGUCCUAUUCAGGACUACGUUCAACCGAACGAUCAAACUCAACCUACUUUUGAAAUGACUCCUGGGUUCAAACCUUUCACAAAAAUAUCUUGAUGGGGUGGGUAGACAAGUAAGUGAGAUUGCAUGAAAAGUUAAAAAAAAAAUUAGAACUGGCAGGGUAAGAGAAUAGAAUGCUUUAAAGAUUUUAAAAUGUUUUACAAAGAACGAACGAAUUCGAACAAAAGAUGUGGAAUUCUAAGCUUUGAACUAAGCUAUUGCUUUCUGCUGUUCCCUUUUAGCUGCCUUUCUAUUUCAACGCAAACUGUUCUCUUAUGUAACACCCAAAUGAGCGAGUCAUCUAUAAGUAAUUAAUUCUGAUUUGUUAAAAGGGCGAGAAAGGAUCUCCUGGAGACAAAGGAGAACAGGGACCCAAAGGAGAUCCGGGAAUAUGUGACACGCAGGUAUUGAGAUAGACUGGGGAGAAGAAAGUCUUUUUAAUAAGUUUUCCCUACAGAGCAGUUCAUAAUAAGAGCAGUAAAGUCGAACCCCGCUCAUUACGGACAGGCAUUGAUUGAGAAACCUCAAUGAUUUGGUUUUUUUUUUCCGGUUUUCGUUUCGCACAAAUUAAACUGAAUCGCAGCCUCACCAUAAAUUUAACCAACGUCAGAGCUAAAAUCGAUGGCCAAUCGAUCAAAAUGAAGAGAGUGACUCAUGAUGAACCACGCCCUUCGUGAGAACUGUUGGAUAUUCUUUAGGCCUUAUUAUUGCGCACGACCUAUGUGUUUUGGGUCACGUGAUCACUACAUCACCAAAAUACACAAUGAAAAAUAUGAGCAAAACCGCAGAUCAACUAUCACCACUCCCUUUUGUAUUUGAAAUUCGCUUCUAUUUAUGAACUCUUGUACUAAUAAAUGGAAUGAAACCUUGGUUAAAUUUGUAUCUAAUUUUCUUGUUCGAGCCCUCCUUUAUUUUUUAGGUUUAAUUAGAGAAAAGAUUUUAUAAUGGACCAAUCUCAUUCCAGCUACCUAUACUAGCCGAUUUCUUGUGCAUAACAUAUAAAUGACCUCCUCUAAGCUCGCUGUAGAUGGCAAGGCCUCCACUAGCCUGAGUAUCACGCGUUUCUGGGAGAAAAGGGGAAAGAAACCCCUCCCCCCUCCCCCAUCUAAAAUCUCCUCUCCCCUAACCCCUUAGGAAGGCCUGAUACUCAGGCUAGGCCUCCACUUAAGAUACAGACAGUUCAAAUAGAAAUUGCUUUUCCACGUGUCUUUUUUUUUUUUUUACAAAGAAUACGAUGCUGGUUUUCACUUCUUUGAGAAAGUUGAAGAUCUACCAACCCGAGGAGCUUCUGGUGUCGAACAUUUUUUCAUCAACGGGACUCUGUUUCUCGCUUUUGCCAACUACUAUGGGGACAUCCGCAAGUACAAGACGAGUUCCACGAUCUACAGGAUGGACGAAUCAACUGGAAGAUUAACUUCGUAUCAAACCUUGCAAACAAGUGGAGCUUUUAACAUUGAAUACUUUACGAUCUCUAAUGAACAUUUCCUUGCCGUGGCCAAUCAUUACGCCGAUGGAACUCGCCUGAGAGAUUCCAUAAUUUACAAGUGGAAUGGAAAGCUGUUUGUCGUCGUUCAGAAAAUACCUACAAAAGGAGCAAGUCACUUUACAUUUUUCACAAUAAAUGAUAACAAAUACAUUGCAGUGACAAAUUACUAUGAUGGUAGUACCCAUUCCAUAAAAUCAGUCAUCUACAAAUGGAGUGGCAGCCAGUUUAACAAAUUUCAGGAGAUAGCAACAGAAGGUGCAAUGGGUAGUGCGGUGUUUAUAAUGAACAAUAACACUUUCAUCGCGUUUGCAAACCAUUAUAACUCGCAAAAGAAAUAUUCUGUUCAUUCCACUGUUUUAAAGUGGUCAGGAGGACACUUUGUCAAACUACAAUCUCUUCAGACUUAUGGAGCAUGGGAUGUGAAAUCCUUUAAAAUCAACGGUCACACAUUCCUUGCCUUUGCCAACUACAAAUCUGGAAGUAAAUUCAAUACCGACUCCUUCAUUUUCAAGUGGAAUGGCAACAAAUUUGAUUUGUUCCAGUCCAUUCCUACACGUGGAGCCCGAGCAUUGUAUCCAUUUGUGAUCAGCGGUCAAACGUUUUUGGGUGUGGCCAAUUAUUAUGGUGACAGCCAGAGGCUCAAUACAAAGUCCGUUGUGUACCAGGCCUCCGGCUCGCGGUUCGUCAUCUACCAGGAUAUUCCAACUCAGGGAGCAUCUGACAUGACUUCAUUUUAG